ACAACUCAUUGCCCGGAUUGUGGAUUUUUUUCCCGUGCCUUUGUGUCAUUUUCAUUCCACUACUGUUUGUGUACUUCAGUUCAUUUCAAUUUAGGAUCAUUUUUCUUUUUCAAACAGCUUAAAAAAUGGGAAUAGAAAUUGCUGUCAAUAUGUCAGAUGAAGUUGCACUUUAUGGGGGAAAAAGUGCCUUUACCCAAACGGAGCACAACAUAGUGGCUGGAUAUCUAAUAACGGCAGGCGUCGUAAGUUUAGCCAGCAACAUUGUGGUUCUGCUGAUGUUUGUGAAGUUUAAGGAGCUGCGCACUGCCACCAACAUUAUCAUCAUUAACCUGGCUCUUACUGACAUCGGAGUGGCUGGUAUCGGAUAUCCCAUGUCAGCAGCCUCUGAUAUUCAUGGCAGCUGGAAGUUUGGCUACACUGGUUGUCAGAUCUAUGCAGCUCUCAACAUCUUCUUUGGCAUGGCCAGUAUCGGCCUCCUGACUGUGGUGGCCAUCGACCGAUACCUCACCAUCUGCAGACCAGAUAUAGGACAGAAAAUGACGAUGCGAUCAUACAACCUUAUUAUUCUGGCAGCGUGGCUCAAUGCUGUGUUCUGGUCCUCCAUGCCGGUGGUGGGGUGGGCUUCUUAUGCUCCUGACCCUACCGGAGCCACAUGCACCAUCAACUGGAGGAACAAUGAUGCCUCUUUCAUCUCUUACACGAUGGCUGUGAUUGCUGUGAACUUCAUAUUGCCUCUGUCCAUCAUGUUUUACUGCUACUACAACGUGUCAGUCACUAUGAAGAGAUACAAAGCCAGCAACUGCCUGGACAGCGUCAACAUGGACUGGGCCGAUCAGAUGGACGUCACCAAGAUGUCCAUAGUAAUGAUCAUCAUGUUCCUGGUGGCCUGGUCUCCGUACUCCAUAGUGUGUCUAUGGGCUUCAUUCGGUGACCCAAAGAAAAUCCCUGCCGCCAUGGCUAUCAUCGCUCCACUCUUCGCCAAGUCCUCCACCUUUUACAACCCCUGCAUUUAUGUGAUCGCCAACAAAAAGUUCAGGAGAGCCAUCAUAGGAAUGGUCCGAUGUCAAACCAGGCAGCGAAUCACCAUCAAUACUCAGGUUCCCAUGACAAUCUCCCAACAACCUCUGACCCAGUGAGGUGAAACUCCAUCAGCACCUUGUUGUAUUCUUAAAAACAUGUUAAGAAAACUGCUAUGAAUGUCAGUUUUUGUCUUUAACUAAUCUGCUCUGUGUUUACUGUGUACAUUUCGGUUGUGGAGACCUUGUUGUCCUUCUUGGUACUUAAAUAACUGACAAUAAAAUGCUUUCUGUGUAUGGAUUGUAUUCUUAAAUUGCUUGACAUUAUCUCAUUAUGUGCUUGGGAAAGGUCCGAGCAAGAAUAGAGAAAUUUGUCUGUAUUUGUCUCCCACAUCUUACCUGCUGAAGAUGUGGCUAAUGCUAAGGCUAAGACCACCGAACUUACAACGAGUGCUAAACUGCCUUGUUUCAAGUCUGUUUUUUGUUAAAGAGGCCCUAUUGUGCCUUGGGGGGGUUUUCUUUUUCCUUUAGUGUGUUCUAUAGGUUUUUGUGCAUGUGUUCCCUUCAGAGGAAGUUUCUUUCCCACACACCCCCCGGCCAGAAACGCCUCCAUUAGACUUCUGUUUUUACUCCCAUAACAUAGUGUAAUCACUACCUUACACUCACACUCUUAUUGGCUAGCGCGCCAACCCAUUGUACGUGAUAGGCUUAGUGGAAGGGACAUCUUUAAGUAGUUGUCCAGUCACAACAGAGCCGGCCAGCUAACCAAUCAGAGCAGACUGGGCUCUGGUUUCAGACAGAGGGUGAAAAGAGGUGCUGCAGCACAGG